AUGUUUAGAAAUCAUAGAAAACUCAUUGUUCAAAUUCUGAGAUACGUCAUCAGCUGUGGAUUGAUUUUUUUCGUCGUGAAAUUUCUUCUCGUUGGUGAUGAAAGUAGACCGAUACCGAAAUUGAACGAUCUAAAGAAAUUAAUGAUCGAAGCAGAAAAUGAAAAUUCUAAGCGAUUGUUAAGUGUGAAAAAUACUUGUAAAAAAUAUAAUUUAGGUAUAUAUAAGGAAAUUAAGAAAAUUUCACCAUUUAAACAUCCUCCUGCUCCACAGUAUAGUGUUUUCUACAUUGCCAGAUCGCGCGAUCUAUCAUACUGUCCAAUUUACAAAGCCGGCAGCACAACAUGGAUUUACAAUUUAUGUCUCCUAAUGAACGUGACCGAGGAGGAGCUGAACAGUGGAAAGGAGCAGAUAUCGACCAUCGCCAGAAGGGCGAUACCGGAACUCGAGUUUCCAGAAGCGGACGAGGCACUAAGAACUACGAAGAAACUGCUGGUGGUAAGGCACCCAUUUGAGAGAUUGCUGAGCGCGUAUCGCGAUAAGCUGGAAAACUCUGUGGCUGGAAGGGAACACGGGACACUUCACUUUUAUCGGAAAUACGGUUGCAAGAUUGUUGAAAAGUACCGUGAAAAGAAUUUCACCAGACCGAGGGAUGAUCAAGUGAUUAGAACAAAAGAUAUACCUCCACCGGCAGGAAUUGAGCCAACUUUCAGGGAAUUCGUGCAAUACGUGAUUCAUACUGAUCUGGCCAAUUAUGGGGAUGAUCAUUGGAUGCCAUACUAUUUGUUCUGUGCCCCUUGUGUGGUUGAUUAUGAUAUAAUUGGGAAGGUAGAAACAUUAUGGCGGGACCAGAUUUAUACGAUCCAUAAAUUAGGGUUACAAAAGGUAAUUAAACCAAGAUGGCGACACGGCGGUGGUUAUUCGAACACAUCGAAAAUAUAUUUCAGCCAGCUGAACAGAGAUAUGGUGGAGAAGAUGUAUGAAAAAUUCAAGCUAGAUUUCGAACUCUUCGAUUAUUCACCAGACGAUUAUUAUCAAUACGCAUUUUCCGCUUAA